AUUUACGCGUGAAUUAUUUGACUUUGGCUUUAAUCGCGCGGUAAAUAUUGUCACUGGGAGUCAUUUUUGUGCUUGUCGUUCUCUCCCAAUCAAUCAGUUCCUCAAUGGGAUUUUUUUUUUUUUCGGGUCUCUUUUGCCCAGGUGACCACAGAGAUCCAAUACGGGUUUUCUCACAAACCACAUGACAAAAACUGUCUACAUAACGCAACAAGGCACCGCCGAAGCUCGCAUGGUUUUUACACAUCGGGCAGCUACGGGGUUCUUGUUUCUUUACAGCCAACCUUCCCAUCAAUUUCUGACAGUAGGAGGCGAUGCUGAGUGUCAGCGGCAGGAGGCACGACGUCUUCAACAGCUGAUCUACGCAACUGAGAUCCGCAGAUUUUCUUUUAAAGUCUAUUUAAUUCACACAUAAAUGCACCUUUAUCAUACACAGAAUCCCAGAAGCUGUCUAUAAAAUAAAGCACGAACAUACUGAAGCUUGUAAGGCCUUGCAAAGCACAUCACAUUGAUUUAAGAACAUAUUUUACACAUUAGGCCUGUCAGCGGCCUCGGGGGAUCCGUUUGUUUUUUUUAAUACUUCGUAAUUUUACCCCAGAUAUCCAUAAAUCCUUUGAUUGAAACAAUAUUCAUUGCUGUUUAAUUUACUUGCAUAAAGUUUGUAACAGUGUGUCCAAAAGUCCAAGUUAAGUCAUAAUUCGUAGUGUUUAUUAAACUGCCAUUUAUUACAUGUCAGUUUUUACAGCCAGCACAAUUUUUACAAGCAUAGCUUUAACCCUUUAAAAUCCACUAUUAAAAAUCAACCACUUCUAGCUUGUGUUACAGGUUAUAUAUGGGAUGUGCCCUUUAAAAAAGGUGCAUAUGGAAAAAAAAAAAACCACCCUACAUACGUACAUCUAGUUAGUACUGGGUUGGACCCCUUUUUCCUCCAGAGCUGCCUUAAGUCUUCAUGGCAUAAAUUCAACAAGGUGCUGAAAACAUUCCUCAGAGAUGUGGCUCCAUACUGACACGAUAGCAUCACAGUUUCUACACAUUUGUCAGCUGCACAUCCAUCCAUCUCCCACAUCCCAAAAGGCGCUGUACUGGAGUGAGAUCUGGUGACUGUGGAGGUCAUGUUAUGUUAUGCUGCUGGAGGCAGUCAUCCUAAGAUUGGUACACACUGGUUAUAAAAGGCUGAACAUGAUUAGUAAGAAUACUCAGGUUGUGCGUUUAAAAAAUGCUUAAUUGGUGCCAAGCGGGCCAAAGUAUGCCCAGAAAAUAUCCACCCCAAAUUACACCAUCACCAGUAAUCUAAAGACAUUUUCUCUCAGAGAAAAAUACAGCUCGUGGGAUAUUUUCAGUUUUCUAAAAACCCCAGAGAUGGUUGUGUGGUAAAAUCCAAAUAGAUCAGUAGUUUCUAAAAUACUCAGACCAGGUUCGCACCAUAAGGGUGUGCAAAGAAGCACAAAAACAUUUGUUGCCCAUUCUGAUGCUUCAGUAAGUUGCUUUCACAUUGCUUAAAUGCACUGAGUUUUCAUCAUGUGAUUGGCUGAUAAGAAAUUUGCAUUAACAACCAGUCAAACAAGUGUCCCUAAUAAAAUGACCAGUUAGCAUAUAAUCUCCAUCAGCUUGUUCAUCAGUUUAUAAGAUUUAGUAAAAUGCUUCAGCCCCAGUGUCUUUGUAGUCACUCCAGCUGUUCAGCCAUUCAUUUUCCUAACCAAAUUCCGGUCUCAGGCAAGGCAGACUGAGCUGGCUGAUAGGAGAGAGGUGAGAUACUACCUGGAAGUGCCUAUACAGGAGCAUGUCUGUGGGAGGAGACUGGAGCACACAGGGAGAAUGUGUAAACUCCACAGAGAAACACUCCAGCCAACCAGAAGGUCGGUGUUAACAUCUGCACCACUGCGUAGUCCUCUCAUCCUCCCACUGAAAUGUCAAAACACUCGAUCAUCUGUAUCAGUAACACUGUAUCUUGUAUGUUCUCAUACAUAUGUCCCUAAGCCCAGGUCACUAAUGUUUAGUGGGCUAAAAUCAGAAUAAUUAAAGGUCUACAAAAGAAAACCAGGCUGCCAGAGCACACUUUUGGUACUGUUUUUGUUUUAUGACUCAGAAUCUCUUAGUUAAGGCGGUCCAAAGAAAUACAUUUCUGGUCAUUUAGGUAUUUAAACCAAAGGCUAAAUAGAAAAUUUGUGUAAGAGUUUAAGAAAAGAUGUUGCGUAAAUGCAUCCUUACAGGAUGUGAAGACUCCAGCUCUGUGGGGUUCUUCUGGGGUUAAAACUUUUGCAGAGCUUUUACAAAACGACUACAAAUCAAGUCUCAGCCAACAGAUCUGCUUAAAAUUAUCCCUUAUAUGCAUCACAUGGCUUUGUGCGUGGCUUUGUGCAGAGGGUGACUCAUUCAUUCAGACUGUACACCCAUUACAGUGAGACAGAGAGAGAGAGAGACAGAGGGAGGGAGGAACAGCCACCUAACAAGUGCCAAACUUGAGGCCAGCCUCUCCUCCCAUCUCAUUCUUUCCUACAUGGGCACUCUGAUGGGUUUGCAGACAGAUCAGUUUGCAGACUGAAGAGAGGUGGAGAACCAAGACGAACACUGGGAUCACGUAAGGAAAUCGUCAAACUGCUCUACAAAGAUCUCCAGAGAUUUCUCAUCCUCUAACGAACUUUAAAAAGCAAAACAAGAAAGUUGCAAUGGCGACACCCAAAAACACUCCACGAGGUGCAAACACACCACUUUCUCCCAACCGGAUCACCCGUCUCCAGGAAAAGGAGGACCUCUGCAACCUCAACGAUCGACUGGCCGUCUACAUCGACAAGGUCCGCUCUCUGGAGGCUGAGAACGCCGGGCUGCGUCUGCGCAUCACAGAGUCGGAGACAGAGGUCAGCAGAGAGCUGACGGGUCUGAAGGCCGCCUAUGAGACGGAGCUGGCAGAUGCCCGCCAGACUCUGGACUCGGUGGCCAAAGAGCGAGCACGGCUGCAGCUGGAGCUGGGCAAGCUGCGAGAGGACCACAAGGAGCUGAAAGCCAGGAACACUAAAAAAGAGUCAGAACUGGGGGGAGCCUUGCAGAGGCUCAAAGACCUGGAGGCUCUGCUUAAUUCGAAGGAUGCUUCCUUGACUACGGCUCUGGGAGAAAAGCGUAACCUCGAGGUGGAAAACAGGGACCUGAAAGCGCAGGUUGCCAAGUUGGAUACCAGCUUGGCCGAUGCCAAGAAGCAGCUGCAGGAUGAGAUGCUGAGGAGGGUGGAUGGAGAGAAUCGCAUCCAGACUUUGAAAGAGGAGCUGGAAUUUCAGAAGAACCUUCACUCUGAGGAGCUGCGGGAGAUAAAGAGGCGUCAUGAGUCCCGCAUGGUUGAACUGGAUAAUGGCCACCAGCAGGAGUUUGAAUGCAAACUGGCUGAGGCACUGGUGGAUAUGCGCAACCAGCAUGAGCUGCAGAUUAAAAUGUACAAGGAUGAGAUCGAGAAGACCUACAACACCAAGCUGGAGGGUGCUCGUCAGUCGGCGGACAGGAGCAGCCACCUGGUUGGGGCAGCACACGAGGAGCUCCAGCAGAUCCGAGUACGCCUGGAGUCCACGUCGACUCAGCUCAGCCAGCUACAGAAACAGCUGGCAGCUCGUGAGGCAAAGAUCAGGGACCUCGAGGAUGCUCUGUCGCGGGAGCGGGACAGCACGCGUCGCCUCCUGGGUGAGAAGGAUCGAGAGAUGGCAGAGAUGAGGCAGCAGAUGCAGCAGCAGCUCGAUGAGUAUCAGGAACUCCUCGAUGUUAAGCUGGCCCUGGACAUGGAGAUAUGCGCCUACAGGAAGCUGCUGGAGGGAGAAGAGCAAAGACUGCGUCUUUCGCCCAGCCCUCCUCCUACCAGGGCGGCGGGAAGUCGUUCCUCUACUUCUGGAGCUCUCUCUCGAUCUAUUCACCUCAGCGCUCAGAACUCCCCGGCUAAGAGACGUCGCCCCAACGACACCGACAGCGAGGCCUCCAGCUUCGCCGGUGGAGCCGUUUCCCGCACUCGCAUCACCCAGCAGGCCUCAGCCAGCGGACGUGUCACUGUGGACGAGGUGGAUCUGGAUGGGAAAUAUGUCAGACUCAGCAACAAAGCUGAUGAGGAUCAGAAUCUGGGGAACUGGCAGGUGAAGCGACAGGUAGGAUCUGGCACUCCCAUCGCCUUCAAGUUCCCAGCUAAAUUCACCUUGAAGGCCGGUCAGAGGGUGACGAUCUGGGCCUCUAAUUCUGGUGGAACUCAUAAUCCUCCAUCUGACCUGGUGUGGAAGAAUCAGCCCUCCUGGGGCACCGGAGACCUCUUCCAGACUACUUUGAUCAGCACUAACGGAGAGGAAAUGGCAAUGAGGAAAGUCACCCGCACACAGUUUGAAGAAGAAGAUGAUGACAUGCAGGUGGCUCACAGCACCUGUGGGGACGGCGAGUACAACCUGCGGAGCCGGACAGUCGUGUGCGGCUCAUGCGGACUUCCUUCAGACAAAUCCAGCAACUGCUCCGUGUCCUCUGCUUCCCGCUCCUUCCGCAGCGGAGGCAUCUCCGAGGGUUUACUGCCCCACUCCUACGUGUUCAGCACGAGCACACCUCGCAAGACUGGAGGCAGAAUGGAGAGCUGUCCAAUCAUGUGAAGCCCUGGGGCCACUACACUACAUUUUCUAUACCUUCUUAGAUAUCAGUUGUUGAGUUAUCUGGUAUAGUUUUUAGUUCAGUUCAUGUACUUUGAAUUAAAUUUCAAGUUAUUGAAUGCCAGAAAAUUUUAUACUGGUUUUUAUAAUGUACAUAUGCAUGAAUAAGAAUAAUUUUUCCAGAGCUUAAAGAUUAAUUUGGGGUUAGCUUUGUUUGGGUUUUUUUAUAUAUUAGGGACAUUUAAGGUUGGAAAAUGUAAACCAGUUACUUUAACAUUCAUUCGUUUUAAAAACUUAAUUCAAAUUAAUUCCAUUAUGCUCUAUAGACACUCUGACACAGCGGGGUUGUGGUCAGUUUACAAUUUUACCAAAAUUGAAAACUGUAUUUUGAAAACUUUUUUUCUCAUUAAAUCUGCUUACCGUGUGAAGGUAAAAUGAACCCAACCUUGCUACAGAUCUACAGAAUAUUGUCGUUUUUUUUAAUUAAAAUGAAUAAACAUGU